UCAUCCACUGUGGAAAAAAAGCUUUAAAUGUGGAGGGCAGACUAAAUGGCCACUCUCCAAACACAGCUCCCAAUCCCCUAUCCCAAAUAAGCUCUCCCACUCUCCGCUGCUGUUGCUGUUUCAUUGGUAACAGUAACCUCUAACCCCCUCCCAUUCCCAGGCAGUCUCUCAGUUUUUCUGCAGGCGCCGUUUCUCUUUUCUUGCACCAUUCUACUACCACCACCACCACCACCACAGUCCUCCUACAUGGCUAUUAUGACUGCUAGUACUGCUAUUCCUAUUUUUAUUUCUUUCUGUCUGUCUCUCUCUUCCUGGAAUCCCUGAUCAUUAUAUCAUAUCUUUCUCCCCUUCAACUCAACUUAUAUAAACCAAUCCCCAAAAAAAAUAAAAAAAAAAAGAAAAACGGAGCUACAUAUAUUUAAUUCUCUCUUCAAUUUCUUCCUGGAAUCCUUCUGUCAUCAUCAACUCUUCACGACCACAAUCUCUCUUCUUCUAACCCUUUAACCCCCACAGACUUCUUUCUUAUACAUCUGCAUCCAAAAUUCAAAUUCAAGAUGUUGGAAACUUCAACACUUCCUCAGUGGCUAAUAGCCCUUUUGGGAGAGAAGUUCUUCAACGCCUGUAUAAUUCAUGAGGAUGCUAAGAAGAAUGAAAAGAACGUAUUUUGUUUGGAUUGUUGUGAAGGCAUCUGCCCGCAUUGCUUAAGCGUUCACGCCUCUCACCGCCUCUUACAGAUAAGAAGGUAUGUUUACCAUGAUGUGAUAAGACUGGAUGAUGCUGAGAAAUUGAUGGACUGUGGUCUUGUUCAGUCUUACAUCACAAACGGUGCAAAGGUGGUAUUCUUGAAUCAAAGGCCUCAAACAAGGCCAUCCAGAUUCUCCGGCAACACCUGCAUGAUCUGUGAUAAAGGCCUUCAAGAGCCUUACAUCUUCUGCUCUCUCUCUUGCAAGCUACAGUACAUACUAGGAACAGGGGGCAAGCUUCCGAAGUAUGUGUACGAAUGUGUGAAUAUAACUUUUCCUGAACCGGGUUUCGACGAUGGACAAAUGACCCCUGAAACGGUUCUUGAACCGGUCGCUUCAAUUAGGACGGAGUCUGGAUCGAGCGGUAGCGUUGGAAAUGGUGGAGGAGCUAGCUGCCGGACGCUUGCUUGUACUGCCACGACAGAAAUUGUGAGGAAGAAGAGGAGCACCAUUUCUGCUGGCUUUCGUCCGGUUUGUGGUCCGGUUUUGGAGAUAUCGAACCGGAGGAAGGGUACGCCGCAGCGGUCUCCACUUUAUUGAUUUGUGUACGGAAUACUGACAAGGGGAGAGAGAGAGAGAGAGAGAGUUGAGGUGAAGGGGACUGGGUGUAAUUUGGUAUUUUGUGUCCCUUUGGAGUUUGGAGGGUAACUUAAAUGGAUUGAAAAAUGGUCCUUCCCAUGUCCCAAUUUUGUACAUAUCACCACCACCUCUCUCGUAUUAUAGAAGAUUGAGUUCAAUUGUCACACUAGUUAUAGUUGUAGUAUCGAUAUUCAAAAGAAAAGAAGGGCAUUAGUAAUGGUUACUACAAUGUUGUUCUUUCUCUUCUUCUUCAUGGUUUAAUUGCUGUUGGA